AUGCCUGGAUCCCAAGAAACAACAACAUGGAAAUGGCAACGGCUUGUGCAUCUGCGGAUAGAUCAGCCAGCCAGGCAUGUAUGCGUUAUGUUUUUAAGGCACCUGCAGAUAGAUCAGCCAGCCAGGCAUGCAUGCGUUAUGUUUUUAAGGCAUCUGCGGAUAGAUCAGCCAGCCAGGCAUGCAUGCGUUAUGUUUUUAAGGCAUCUGCGGAUAGAUCAGCCAGCCAGGCAUGCAUGCGUUAUGUUUUUAAGGCAUCUGCAGAUAGAUCAGCCAGCCAGGCAUGCAUGCGUUAUGUUUUUAAGGCAUCUGCGGAUAGAUCAGCCAGCCAGGCAUGUAUGCGUUAUGUUUUUAAGGCAUCUGCGGAUAGAUCAGCCAGCCAGGCAUGUAUGCGUUAUGUUUUUAAGGCAUCUGCGGAUAGAUCAGCCAGCCAGGCAUGUAUGCGUUAUGUUUUUAAGGCAUCUGCGGAUAGAUCAGCCAGCCAGGCAUGUAUGCGUUAUGUUUUUAAGGCAUCUGCGGAUAGAUCAGCCAGCCAGGCAUGUAUGCGUUAUGCUUUUAAACGCAUCUGUAGAUAGAUCAGCCAGCCAUGACCAUUCACUUUUGACCUCAUGGUAA